AUGGCUAAUCUAGUGGCCGUGAACAUAAAGAGGAAGGAUGCUGAGGUGGCCAGCCAUGGAUUCUCCCUGUUCCUUGAUCCCAAGAGGAUCAAACUGCAGGAUGAGGCAGAGAUCCCGGAGAUGAUGGAAGAAGAGGAACCACUGGCAGAUGCAGACGCCGGUGCAGCACCAGUUGUUGUGCAGGUGCAGCCAACCAUGUUGAUGCCGCCCUCACCGUCACCACUGCAGCCAACUCAGGGCCAAGAGGCUGCUGUCCUCCAUGACAGCACCGUGAGCACUGAAUCAGGGAGCAGAUCUUCAGAACCAGCAUUGGCCUCCGAACAGGCGGCGCCCAUGGCCAUGGACAUCGAGGAGGAUAGCUGGCAAUGCCAACCACCGCUGCCGCCGCAGCCACAGCCAGGCCAGCACCCUCACUUUUGGUUUCUUCUGAUGACUAGAACUCCUGAAGUGCUGUGCCACUGUUUCCAUUCAGCCUUUGUCACCUGCUAG